AUGACACAAGCCAUCCUUGGUGCUGAAGAUGACGAUGUUGGUGUCGUAUCCUGGCCAGAGUGGAGUGUCCGUGCGUGCCUGGACAAGAGGAAGACGCGCCACCGACUCUCAGCCUUCUCUUUCUGGAACACUUUCUCUUUCACUAUCGCCAGGGGGACCCGCCGACUGGGCCGCUAUGCGCUUGUUGAAAGACGGUCUGUCUGUCCAAAUGCUAUCAUGGCCACGUUGAUGGGCAGGGCGUCGCAAGCGGCUGGAUGUCUGCGACGUCUCCUGCAUGGCACUUUUGGGCCAUGCAAGAACAACGGAGAGGGUGUUUCUAGACUGCCCGAUCUGCAGCCAAAGAAACUAUUUCGAACGUGGGCGCCUUUCAGCCGCGAGAAAGCGAAAGCCAAGAUUUCGCCCACACAAACCAUUUCUUUCAUGCGCUGCAAGGUGCUGCAAGAGGACCCACAUACCCACAUGAUGGCUCGGCUUGACUUCCUCUCGAUCUCACGGAUCGCCGAAAUCCAGGCACUCUGUGUGUCCGCAGCAACCGCCCACCUUCCCGUUUGUUUCGAUAAGACUCUUGGUAUCAUCGUGAGUUUUGGGGUCCGUUGGGCUACACCGAACAAACACCUCGGCGCCCCUGAUUACUACGGUACUACCAUAGUAGUGGUGCUACCAAUCCAAAACCACGCAUCGCAACCACUAUCUGAGGUAUUUGAGAGCCAGUACCAAAUUUCCCGCGGUGGAUCUGCGUCGAUCCGCACACAACUCUAA